AUGUUUUAUCGAAUGUUGAAGUUGAGAUGGUGGCGCAUUUUCAAAGAUAAAUUUGUUGAUAUUUUUUUAAAAGUCACCAUUGUCCUACCGAAAGCAAAAAUUACUAUUCGAAUCUUUAAAACGAUUGUUAUUGUUUUUUUUUUCUCUUUCACAAUAGAAGAAAAAUUAUCAUUACUUGAUCAAUCUUGUUCAAAUCGUACAACAUUAUCUGAUCAAUAUCUUCAUAUGAUGUUAGAACAUUCAAUACGUUUUAAUAAUGAUAAUGAUCAAAUAAUUGAAGAAACAUAUCUUCAUAUAUUAUCAUAUUUAAUUGAUACAUUAUCAAAAACAUCUGAUGAUAAUUUUUGUUAUCAAACAUGUUCAUUAUUACAUAUAUAUUCAGUUGAAUUAACAACAAAUCAAUCAUUAAAAAUUUCAUUUCUAUUUUGGCAUAUAUGGUUACGUUGUUCAACACAUUUAAUUAAUAUACUUAAUCGUACACGUACAAUAAAUGAAAAUAAUCAACAACAAGAAACAAGUAUUAAAUUAUUACUUCGUCCAUUAUCAUUUAAUGAUAGUGAAAAUCUUGAUUAUUCAUAUGCAUUAAUAUGGACACAAUUAUUUAAAGCAUUAUGUCGUUUAAUAUUAAUUGAUGGUAAACAAUUAAUUAAUUUAUAUAUUGAAUUAUUUCGACAUACAUCUGUUUUUCAACAAACUAUAAAUAAUAAUAAUAAUAAUCAACAACGUUUAUUUGGUUUUAUAUUAACAAUAAUAAAAUGUUUAUUAAAAAAUUUUAUUGACAUAGAUUUAUUAUCAAUAUCAAAACGUUCAUUAUCAUCAAUUGUACUUUGUUAUACACAAUUAUCAAUUAUAAUUAAUUCUAUAUUACAACGUUUAUUAUUAAAUAAUAAUAAUAUUCAAUGGUUAUUUAUUUGUUAUUGUUUAUUAAAAUCAAAUAAAAUUUCAACAAAUGAACAAUCAAAAUCAAUUGUAUUUACAUAUGUACGUGAUAUUAUUGUUGAUUUAUUUAAUAUAUGUAAAACAUGUUCACAAUUAGAAAUUAUUUUAACUAAUUUAACAUAUUUACAAUCAUUUCUUACAACAUAUGAACAAAUAUUAACAACAACAUCAACAUUAAAUUCAUCACCGAUAUUAAUUAAUAAACAACAACAAACAGAUAAUAUUAUAUUAAAUAAAAUUCUAUCAACAUUACAUACUGUAUAUGAAUCAUCAAAUGGUUUAUCUAUUUUAAAAAUUAUUUAUCCAUUAUUAAUCAUUGCUUUUCAACAUAAUAAAACAGCAAUUAGAAAUAAAGCUAGAAAAUGUUGGAAUGAAACAUUUGGACGUUUAACAUUUAUUGUUUAUCCAAAUGAACUUAGAGCAUGUCUUCGUGAUCUUAAAGAUAAAGAACAUUUAUUAUUACCAUGUUUUCUUGCUGAUCAUGAUAAUAGUAAUAUAACUGAUAGUGGUUUAUUACCAAAUAGUACAGAUGAAAGUCAAUUAUCUCAACAAGUUGAUAUCGUAACUCCAUUAAUAAAUCCUCAACAAUCAUCUUCUGAACGUAUUCAUUCACCAUGUUUAACAACAAAUCAUUUACAAAAUGUCGAUCAAAUUGAAUCAAAAUUUCUUCCAAUAAUAAAUAAUACUAAUCAUGAUAAGCAAUCUGAUUCUCCAGUUAUUAUUAAUAAACCUUUUUCAUCAACAAGUAAUUGUUUAACAGAAAAACAAAAAGAAAAAUUACGUACACGUCAUGCAAUACCAUUACUUUGUGAUGAUAAUAGUAAUACACAAUCAUUAUCAUAUACAAUGGACACACCAACUAUUGAAAGUAUGAUGACAAAUUAUCAACUUCGUAAUACAAAUAAUGAAAUUAAACAAUCAACAACGGAAAAUAGUGCAUCUUUAUUUAAACAACUAAUUUCAAAUUCUUCAAUUGAAUCAUCACAAGAAAAUAAUACAACUGUUGAAUCAUCAUCAUCAUCACCACCACCACCAACAACAAUAGAAAAUGAAACUUCAUCUGUAGACAUAUCAACAAAUAAUAAUGAUGAUGAUGAUAUACCUGAAGAAUCAUCAAUAGCAAAAAAACUUCGUCGUUCACGUCGUCCAUCAACAUCUGCACGUAAAAGUUUAACAAAUAAUUCAAAAAAAAAACGUACUAUUCUAUCAUCAAAUGAAGUAUUAACAACUGUUCCAUCAACUACAUAUGAUCCAUCAUCAUCAUCAUCAAAUAUUGAAAUAACUAAAACACGUCCAUUAAAAAGUAUUCUUAAACGUUUAUCACCAACAAAACCUCGACAAGAUCAUCAUACACGUCGUGUGGCUUUUCAUGAUCAAGUUAAAGUUUUAUUAUUUGCAUCACCAGCCCGUCAAGAUAUUAAUAAUCAACAACAAAAAAAGAAAAGUCCUAAUAAAGAUGAUAUGAAAAAUUUAUCAUCAAUAACAACUCGACGUUCAAAUUUAAUUAAUAAUAAUGAACAUAUACUUCAUAAUAAUAAUAAUAAUAAAACACGUUCAUCAAAAUUAUUUAAUUUUUCUAAUGAUACAAAGCCGGAGUUAUCUCCGAAACCAAAUAAAACUGAAAUACUACUUCCAAUAAAACCUGCUGAACCAAUCUAUCCAGCACUAAUUGAUUGUGAUAAACCAUUAGAUUCUCUAAUUCAUGUAGUAUAUGGUGGUGUAUGUCCUACCAAUGCAAUAAAUUAUUUUCGUUCAAUAAAAAUGAAUACUGUUGGUGAUAUAGCACGAUCAACAGCUGUACAAAUUGAAGUUUAUCCAAUUCCACCACCAAAAUUAGCUAAUAUUCAAAAAGCUCUUUCAUUAUAUCAAGAACGUCUAAUAAAUUCUCCAUCAUUAUCACCAAUUAUAGGUACAAAUAAUGAAUCUCUUACACCAAUUGCAAGUACAUCUGAAGAAUCAAUCGCAAUUAGUGAUGGUACAUUUACAAAAGAAGCACCAUCAUUACCACCACCACCGCCAUCAUCAUCAUCAACAACAACAAAUAUUACUGAUCCACAUCAUCUAUUGUAUGAUGUUGAUACAUUAAUUGAUAGUCUUGAUUAUGAAAGACUUUAUUUAAAUGAUAAUAAUGAUAUUGAUGAUGAUAUAGUACCACCAUCAACAAGUCAAAUUGAUUUUAUACGUACAAGACGUCAAAAAGCUUUAGUAAAUCGUGAUGAACAAAUCUCACCUCAAAAACGUCGUUUAUCAGUAACAAAUAAAGAUGAAGAAUAUAUUGAUAAUGAAGAAGAAGAUGAACAAAUUUCAUUAAAAAAACAACUUAUUACUAAUAGAACACUUGGUGAACGUUUACAAAACGCAGCUGAUAUAUUUAAAAUUAAUGGUCAACUUCCAUUUGAUGAUGAUUAUAUUGAAUUAGUUCGACAAUUAUUUAAUAAUUCAUCAUUAACACAUCUUGAACGAUUACAUUUAAAAAGUUUAUUUCUUGAUAAUUAG